UGUUCCCAUCUCCCACAGUCAUGGCGGUGUCGGGAAGUCGCGAAGAUGGAGUAAACACCACCACUGCUUCAUCUUGAUUUUAUUUUAGCUUCAUGCUGGACUGUAUCUACCGUCAUCCGAGAUAUCGCAAACAUCCCGCAGGCUGCUGUGCUUCCAAUGAUGGCCGACCGCAGCGUUGAUCUGUCGGCUCUGCCUAAAGAGGUCAGGGACCAGCUGGCGGAGUUGGAUCUGGAGCUAUCCGAAGGUGAUAUAACACAGAAGGGCUAUGAGAAGAAAAGGACCAAACUCCUGGCUCCAUAUGUCAUCCAAGCUCCAGUGGAGCCGCCCCGUCAGAAUGAUGUUCAGCGUCCUGCUCCCAGCUCCUCCUCCAGCCACGGCCCUCCCCCCUCCAGCUCGUCCCGUCACCGAGAACGUCGCUCCCGCAAAUCACAUCGCAGUGGAGGAACCAGGGAUGAUCGCUACAGAUCAGAUAUCCACUCUGAGGCAGUACAAGCUGCCCUGGCCAAACAUAAAGAAGAGAAGAUGGCGCUGCCCAUGCCGACCAAACGACGCUCCACUUAUGUCCAGUCUCCAAUCAACACCCGCACACCACCAGACUCCUCCUCAGGUUCUGAAGAUGAGACGGCGGUGCGCAGGCAGUCUACAUUGAUCGUUCCUCAGCCUGCGGUCAAUCCCAACCUGCAGAGCCCCGACGCCUGGAUCAACCGCACCGUCCAGGGCUCCUCCACCUCCUCCUCGGCCUCCUCCACCUUGUCCCACGGGGAGGCCAAGUCGCAGCCUCAGAGCCAGCCUAAGCCUCAGCCUCAGUACAAGCCGCAGUACCAGCCACUGUAUCAGCCUCAGCACCAACCACAUCACCAACUACAUCAACAACCACAUCAACAAACACAUCAACAACCGCAACAGCAACACCAACCGCAGCACCAACCGCAGCACCAACCGCAGCACCAACAGCACCAACAGCAUCAACAGCAUCAACAACCACAGCACCAGCCUCAUCCCUCCGCCCACACUGCAGCUGUGACGGAUAUGAUGGCUCACAGUCGCAUCGCCCCCUCAGAGAACAGCGCCCCCCCUCCAGAUGUGACAGCUGUGGCCCCUCCAUCCAGAGCAACGAGGGUGGACCUGCCCAGCGCCACGGUCCGGGGGAUGAGCCGCGGGCAGAGUCGCUCCAGCAUGAUGGAGACUGCGGACGGAGUUCCUGUGAACAGCAGAGUGUCCACUAAGAUCCAGCAGCUGCUCAACACCCUGAAGAGGCCCAAGAGGCCCCCGCUCAGCGAGUUCUUCACCGACGAUCAGGAGGAGAUUGUAGAAGUGCCCCAGCCAGACCCUAACAUGCCCAAACCGGAGGGACGUCAGAUCAUCCCGGUGAAAGGGGAGCCUCUGGGGGUGGUCAGUAACUGGCCCCCAGCCCUACAGGCAGCGCUGGCACGUUGGGGGGCCACUCAGGGGAAAAGCCCCGCACUCACUGCUCUUGAUAUCACGGGCAAACCGCUCUACACACUGACUUACGGGAAGCUGUGGAGUCGCAGUGUGAAGCUGGCAUACACCCUCCUCAACAAGCUGGGCACCAAGAACGAGCAAAUACUGAAACCUGGAGACAGGGUGGCGCUGGUGUUCCCCAACAGUGACCCUGGUAUGUUCUGGGUGGCUUUCUACGGCUGCCUCCUUGCUGAAGUUAUACCUGUACCUAUUGAAGUACCACUGUCUCGCAAAGAUGCAGGUAUCAGCCAGGUGGGGUUUCUGCUCGGUAGCUGUGGUGUGGGUCUCGCUCUGACCAGUGAGAUCUGCCUGAAGGGUUUACCCAAAACUCCCACUGGGGAAAUAAUGCAGUAUAAAGGCUGGCCUCGACUAAAGUGGGUGGUGACUGACACGAAAUACCUGACCAAGCCUUCCAAAGACUGGCAGCCGCACAUCCCCACUGCCAACACUGACCCUGCUUAUAUAGAGUACAAGGCCAGUAAAGAUGGCACAGUGGUGGGUGUAGCUGUGUCUAAAGUGGCCAUGUUGACCCACUGCCAAGCACUGACCCAGGCCUGCAACUACUGCGAAGGGGAAACUUUAGUCAAUGUGCUGGACUUUAAGAAGGAUAUUGGGCUGUGGCAUGGAGUUCUCACGGCCGUGAUGAAUAGGGUACAUACUGUCAGUGUUCCCUAUGCAGUAAUGAAGGCGUGUCCCCUCUCCUGGGUACAGAGGGUCCACAUCCACAAAGCUCGGAUAGCUUUGGUGAAGUGCCGUGAUUUACACUGGGCUAUGAUGGCUCAUCGGGAACAGAGAGACACCAGCCUGGCUUCACUACAUAUGCUGAUUGUUGCUGAUGGUGCUAAUCCCUGGUCGGUGUCUUCUUGUGAUGCCUUCCUGAACGUGUUUCAGUCCCAUGGGCUGAAGCCUGAGGUCAUAUGUCCCUGUGCCACCUCCCCUGAGGCUAUGACAGUAGCUAUACGCAGACCGGGAGUGCCAGGCACCCCCCUCCCUGCCCGUGCCAUCCUUUCUUUGGGCGGCCUGAGCCACGGAGUCAUCAGGGUCAACACUGAGGACAAGAACUCCGCCCUGACUGUACAAGAUGUGGGACAUGUCAUGCCUGGAGCUCUGAUGUGCAUUGUGAGGCCAGAAGGGCCUCCUCAGUUGUGCAAAACAGAUGAGAUAGGUGAGAUAAUAAUCAACUCCCGUGCUGGGGGCAACAUGUACUACGGCCUGCCUGGACUCACCAAAAACACCUUUGAGGUUAUACCGGUUAACGCCAAUGGAGUUCCCAUUGGAGAGAUCCCCUUUGUGCGGUCAGGACUCCUGGGGUUUGUUGGCCCAGGCAGUCUGAUCUUCGUGGUGGGGAAGAUCGAGGGUCUGCUGAUGGUGAGCGGGCGGAGACACAACGCGGACGACCUGGUGGCCACCGCUCUGGCCGUGGAGCCAGUGAAGACUGUGUACCGUGGGAGGUAA